AUGGUGGCGGCACACCCCACCGCCCCCGCCGCCGCCACCCCUGCUGCCACCGUCACAGCCACCGUCGUGAUGACCACGGCCACCAUGGACCUGCGGGACUGGCUCUUCCUCUGCUACGGGCUCAUCGCCUUCCUGACGGAGGUCAUCGACAGCACCACCUGCCCCUCGGUGUGCCGCUGCGACAACGGCUUCAUCUACUGCAACGACCGGGGACUCACCUCCAUCCCCGCCGACAUCCCCGACGACGCCACCACCCUCUACCUGCAGAACAACCAGAUCAACAACGCCGGCAUCCCCCAGGACCUCAAGACCAAGGUCAACGUGCAGGUCAUCUACCUGUACGAGAACGACCUGGACGAGUUCCCCGUCAACCUGCCCCGCUCCCUGCGGGAGCUCCACCUGCAGGACAACAACGUGCGCGCCAUCGCCAGGGACUCGCUGGCCCGCAUCCCGCUGCUGGAGAAGCUGCACCUGGACGACAACUCCGUGUCCACCGUCAGCAUCGAAGAGGACGCCUUUGCCGACAGCAAGCAGCUCAAGCUGCUGUUCCUGAGCCGGAACCACCUGAGCAGCAUCCCCUCGGGGCUGCCCCGCACGCUGGAGGAGCUGCGGCUGGACGACAACCGCAUCUCCACCAUCCCGCUGCACGCCUUCAAGGGCCUCAACAGCCUGCGGCGCCUGGUGCUCGAUGGCAACCUGCUGGCCAACCAGCGCAUCGCCGACGACACCUUCAGCCGCCUGCAGAACCUCACCGAGCUCUCGCUGGUGCGCAACUCCCUGGCCGCGCCCCCGCUCAACCUGCCCAGCGCCCACCUGCAGAAGCUCUACCUGCAGGACAACGCCAUCAGCCACAUCCCCUACAACACGCUGGCCAAGAUGCGCGAGCUGGAGCGCCUGGACCUGUCCAACAACAACCUCACCACGCUGCCCCGGGGCCUGUUCGACGACCUGGAGAGCCUGGCCCAGCUGCUACUCCGGAACAACCCCUGGUUCUGCGGCUGCAACCUCAUGUGGCUGCGGGACUGGGUGAAGGCGCGGGCGGCCGUGGUCAACGUGCGCGGCCUCAUGUGCCAGGGCCCCGAGAAGGUCCGGGGCAUGGCCAUCAAGGACAUCACCAGCGAGAUGGACGAGUGCUUCGAGACGGGGGCGCAGGGCGGCGCGGCCAACGCCGCGGCCAAGACCACGGCCGGCGACCACGCCUCUGCCACCACACCCCAGGGCUCGCUCUUCACCCUCAAGGCCAAGAGGCCAGGGCUGCGCCUCCCCGACUCCAGCCUCGACUACCCCAUGGCCACGGGCGAUGGCGCCAAGACCCUGGUCAUCCACGUGAAGCCCCUGACGGCGGACUCCAUCCGAAUCACGUGGAAGGCCACGCUCCCCGCCUCCUCUUUCCGGCUCAGCUGGCUGCGCCUGGGCCACAGCCCGGCCGUGGGCUCCAUCACGGAGACGCUGGUGCAGGGGGACAAGACAGAGUACCUGCUCACGGCUUUGGAGCCCAAGUCCACCUAUAUCAUCUGCAUGGUCACCAUGGAGACCGGCAACACCUACGUGGCUGACGAGACGCCCGUGUGCGCCAAGGCGGAGACGGCCGACAGCCACGGCCCCACCACCACGCUUAACCAGGAGCAGAACGCAGACCCCAUGGCAGGCCUGCCCCUGGCGGGCAUCAUCGGUGGGGCCGUGGCCCUCGUCUUCCUCUUCCUGGUCCUGGGGGCCAUCUGCUGGUACGUGCACCGGGCCGGAGAGCUGCUGACCCGAGAUCGGGCCUACAAUCGGGGCAGCCGGAAAAAGGAUGACUAUAUGGAGUCAGGGACCAAGAAGGACAACUCGAUCCUGGAAAUCCGAGGCCCCGGACUGCAAAUGUUGCCCAUCAACCCUUACCGCGCCAAAGAGGAGUACGUGGUCCACACCAUCUUCCCCUCCAACGGCAGCAGCCUCUGCAAGGGCACGCACACCAUCGGCUACGGCACCACGCGGGGCUACCGGGACGGCGGCAUCCCCGACAUAGACUACACCUACACAUGA